AUGCAAAUUUUCGUUAAGACCCUCACGGGCAAGACCAUCACCCUCGAAGUCGAGGCUUCCGAUACCAUCGAAAACGUCAAGGCGAAGAUCCAGGACAAGGAGGGAAUUCCCCCAGACCAGCAGCGACUCAUCUUUGCUGGCAAGCAGCUUGAAGACGGCCGAACCCUUUCUGAUUACAACAUCCAGAAGGAAUCGACCCUCCAUCUCGUUCUCCGACUCCGAGGUGGUAUGCAGAUCUUCGUCAAGACCCUCACCGGCAAGACCAUCACUCUUGAGGUCGAAGCCUCUGACACCAUCGAGAACGUCAAGGCCAAGAUCCAGGACAAGGAAGGUAUCCCACCAGACCAGCAGCGAUUGAUCUUCGCCGGCAAGCAGCUCGAGGAUGGCCGAACCCUCUCCGACUACAACAUCCAAAAGGAGUCCACCCUUCAUCUCGUCCUGCGACUCCGAGGUGGUAUGCAGAUCUUCGUUAAAACUUUGACGGGAAAAACCAUCACCCUCGAAGUUGAAGCUUCUGAUACCAUCGAGAACGUUAAAGCGAAGAUCCAGGACAAGGAAGGUAUUCCCCCAGACCAGCAGCGACUUAUCUUCGCCGGUAAGCAGCUCGAGGACGGCCGAACCCUCUCCGACUACAACAUUCAAAAGGAAUCCACUCUCCAUCUUGUCCUCCGACUUCGAGGUGGUAUGCAAAUCUUCGUCAAGACAUUGACUGGAAAGACCAUUACCCUCGAAGUCGAAGCUUCUGACACUAUUGAAAAUGUCAAAGCUAAGAUCCAGGACAAGGAGGGCAUUCCCCCAGACCAGCAGCGACUCAUCUUCGCUGGUAAGCAACUUGAAGAUGGCCGAACCCUCUCCGACUACAACAUCCAGAAGGAGUCUACUUUGCAUCUCGUCUUGCGUCUCCGAGGUGGUAUGCAGAUUUUCGUCAAGACCUUGACUGGCAAGACCAUCACCCUCGAGGUCGAAGCCUCCGACACCAUCGAAAAUGUCAAGGCGAAAAUCCAGGACAAGGAAGGUAUUCCACCAGACCAGCAGCGACUCAUCUUCGCUGGCAAGCAGCUCGAAGAUGGUCGCACCUUGUCCGACUACAACAUCCAGAAGGAGUCUACCCUCCACUUGGUUCUCCGUCUCCGUGGUGGUAUGCAGAUCUUUGUGAAAACAUUGACCGGCAAGACCAUCACCCUCGAGGUCGAGGCCUCUGACACCAUUGAAAAUGUCAAAGCCAAGAUCCAAGACAAAGAAGGCAUCCCUCCAGACCAGCAGCGUCUCAUCUUUGCUGGCAAGCAGCUCGAGGAUGGCCGCACUCUCUCAGAUUACAACAUUCAGAAAGAGUCGACCCUCCAUCUCGUCCUCCGACUCCGUGGUGGUAUGCAAAUCUUUGUCAAGACCCUCACCGGCAAAACCAUCACCCUCGAGGUCGAGGCCUCCGACACCAUUGAGAACGUGAAGGCCAAGAUCCAAGAUAAGGAAGGCAUUCCCCCAGACCAGCAGCGUCUCAUCUUCGCCGGCAAGCAGCUCGAAGAUGGGCGCACUCUUUCGGACUACAAUAUCCAGAAGGAGUCCACUCUCCACCUCGUCCUUCGACUCCGUGGUGGACAAUAA